UUUGGUCAAAGUCGAAUGAAAUUUUUCAAUAAAUUUUCGAUUGAAAUAAAUUUUUUUUUCAAAUUUUGAUUGAUUGAAAAAAAAACCAUCAAACAAAACAAAAAUGCCUUAUGAUCUUCAUCUACAUUUUAUUGAUCGUAUUGUACGAACAAAUGCCGAUAGUUUAGAUCUAACAUCUAAACAUUUAACUAAACAACAAGAAUGUGGUGAUCUUGAACAAGAUACACUUGAAUGUUUAGAAGCAUAUGGUGCACGUCGUGGUCAUAAAUUAUGCAAAGAAUUUCUUGAUGAUUAUACUGAAUGUAUGUUUCAUUUUAUGCAGAAAGAACGAAGUUUUCAAAUGAAACGUGAACGAUUGAAACAGGUGAUGAGAGGUGAACGAAAACCAUUGGAAGUUUUUGAUCCAAUAAAACCACCAAGAGAUUCUUAUCAGAGUGGACCAUUCUAUAAUUGAAUUCGAAUGAUUUUCGAAAAAUCAAAAUGAAA